GCCGCUGGACGGGACUCUAAGAUGAAGUUAUGGGAUGUCGUGGCUGUCUGCCUGGUGCUGCUCCACACCGCGUCCGCCUUCCCGCUGCCCGCCGGUAAGAGGCCUCCCGAGGCGCCCGCCGAAGACCGCUCCCUCGGCCGCCGCCGCGCGCCCUUCGCGCUGAGCAGUGACUCAAAUACGCCAGAGGGUUAUCCUGAUCAGUUUGAUGAUGUCAUGGAUUUUAUUCAAGCCACCAUGAGAAGACUGAAAAGGUCACCAGAUAAACAAAUGGCCGUGCUUCCUCGCAGAGAGCGGCACCGGCAGGCUGCAGCCGCCAGCCAGGAGAGCUCCCGAGGGAAAGCCCGGCGGGGCCAGCGGGGCCGAAAUCGGGGCUGUGUCUUAACUGCCGUGCAUCUCAAUGUCACUGACUUGGGUUUGGGCUACGAAACCAAGGAGGAGCUCAUUUUCAGGUACUGCAGCGGCUCCUGUGAUGCAGCCGAGACCAUGUACGACAAAAUAUUAAAAAACUUAUCCAAAAAUAGAAGGCUGGUGAGUGACAGAGUCGGGCAGGCGUGUUGCAGACCCAUCGCCUUCGAUGACGACCUGUCCUUUUUAGAUGAUAACCUGGUUUACCAUAUUCUGAGAAAGCAUUCCGCUAAAAGGUGUGGAUGUAUCUGACUCCAGCUCCAGAGACCGCUGUGUAUUGCAUUCCUGCUACAGUGCAAAGAA